AUGGAUUCGUCUGAAGAAAUUCGUGUUGGAACACUUGUCAGUGCAAAAUCAGCCGCAAAAGGAUGGUGUGAGGCCAGAGUGGACAAAAUUCAUGAACGUGUUGAUUUGACCGUUCGUUUCCAAGAAAGUCCAUUCUCCAAAGAAACGCUCAGAGUCGAAUUCAAUCCAGAUUACAAAAGUGGAAUGUUCAAAAAGUUCACCAUUAGGAAAAGAGAAAUUUUGUGCAGAAUCAGCACUAUUGAGAAUCAGCGAACAGAGUAUGGAAUACAGUUUCCUGAUGAAUAUCGAUGGCUCAGUAGGCGAGAUUUUAUCAUUCGAAGCGAUGACACGACAAACAAGAAAAGAAAAAACGUUGCAACCGAGAGAAGUUUGAGAGCAGAGAAAAGAAACAAAAAGAAGUGA